AUGUCCGACGACCAGGGUUAUCGUUCCUCUCAGGAAUACACCGGCGCAAUAGUCGAGGUCGACGCAAUCGCAGUUUCCACCAAGCAAGUGGAACUCAUGGCCGCGAUUUCUUCUGGUGAAAUGUCGAAGAAUCGCCGAGCGAAGCUGGCGCAGCAGAAGACAGCGAAAGCUGAACCGGCGCAGGCUCAACCGGCGCAGGCUCAACCGGCGCAAGCUGAACCAGCUUUCGAAUUUGGCGGUGAUCCGGCGGUGCUGGCGGCUGUGCUUUCUUCUGGCUCCAAGGCGAAGGGCCGCCGACAGGAAGAUGCAAACCGGAAGGCACGAGUCGGUACGGCGGUUUCGGGAAGUGGUGGCGAGCCGGCGAAGACGAGCGGACAGGAUCACGCGAGCAAGAAUUUACAGGCCAACGAGGGAGGUUUCUUCUAG